UUGUAUUUUACCUUUGCUCACCUUGACUUCUUAACCUUCGACAGCCUUUCGCCUUUAUUUGGAUUCCUAGCCUAUCUAUGUCGUUUUGAGAUGUUAGUGAGUAACCCUCAAAAUGGCUGUCCCCAAUGUUACAUCUAACACAGAUAUCCUGAAACCGGGUGCCGCGUUCAAGCUGGCCACCUACAAUGUUCGGACGCUGAUGCAAAUCGGACAACAGGCAAGGUUGGUAAGAACGUUGGAAAGCCUCACUAUCGAUGUCUGCUGCAUUUCGGAAACUCGCAUUCAAGAUCCCAGUAAAUUAUCCUCUCCAUCUGGAAGUUCUAGUAGUAUGUACCACCUGCUCUUGUCCGGGGACCCUGCGGCGUCGGCAUCCGGCGUAGCUGGUGUUGGCGUCGCACUGAGCGCUAGAGCCGAAGCUGCACUGCUCGACUGGAUUCCCAUUAACAGUCGUUUAUGUGCUGUGAGGCUGGAAGGUUAUACGAAAGUAAGGAGUAGUAGGCCAGAUACGCGGUGUCUAUUUGUUGUCUCUGCCUAUGCACCAACGGAUUGCAGCCCGGAUGCAAUGAAGGACGAGUUCUACCACCAACUUAACGAUCUCUUGAGACAGGC